AUUGUUGAACUGCCGAAGCGGGAAGAAAGUUCCGACGUAUUGGUAUUUGUGCUUCUCACGAUGCGUCUGAUGGCUUAAACAUUCCAGCCCUUUGUGCCUUGAGUUGGCGCCAAGCGGCGUUACGUCACCGUGAAGCAUGACCAAGAUUUUUCAGGUAAUUAUUCGCUUGCUACGAAGGCACUUGAUGCUUCUUGGCAUUUACAGAAAGUACUUGAAGCGAUUCAGACGUUACGGAUCUGCCGAGAAUCUAUGCGAGAAAUCCAGUACAGAAGAGGACUUGAUCUAUUUGAAUCAGAGGAAAAGACAGUACCAUUCCGUGGGAGAAAUCGACAGGGAUUGGUACAAGACUCAACAGGUGGUAUCGUACAGAAAGCUGGAAAGUAUGCCUUGCGACACGGCAGACAACUGGGCGAGGUAUGAGGGCCAGGACAACGCCAUCAUGGUGGCCAGAAGAGGGAGCGUUAACUCGGCUUUUGUGACCAACUCGCCCCAGUACCACCAAGCAGAGGACACAAAUGGUAACUGUUUUAUUAAUGCUAGAAAUGAUAACUGGGACAACCGCGAUUGCAACGCAUGCGUUGGCCACUCGGACUUUAGCAUCGACGGAGUGAUAGGCAGUGGGGGUUUUGGGUCUGUGUUCCUGGGGAGGUACUGCGGCCGGCGUGUGGCCGUCAAGAGCGUCCGCCAAAGCUCCCGAAACAAGGAAGCAAGUCGGCAGAGCUUCCAGGCCGAAUUCAACGCACUCUACCUGCGGCAUGACAACAUUGUCAGCGUGUUAGCCACCACGGCUUUCGAGGAUUUUGACUCGGGAGCAUUCAUCAUCAUGGAAUAUGCGGGUAGGAGGAACCUCCAGCAAAUAGUCAACGACCCUGGGAAAAGCCUGUCGCCCACGCGGCGCACGAAGUACGCACUGCACAUCAUCCGGGCACUGCAUUACACACACUCCCAGGGUAUCGCCCACUUAGACGUGAAACCAGCCAACGUUAUCGUCGACAGCAACACUGACGUCUGCAGACUGGCCGACUUCGGCUGCUCGCAGAGGGUGAGUGAAGGGGAAGGUCAUGACUCGUUCACCAGUCGGUCCUACCUGACGGGAACAUUUGCCUACCGUGCACCGGAACUUCUCCGAGGGAGACCCCCAACGACUAAAGCCGACAUUUACUCCUACGGGGUCACCCUCUGGCAGAUGCUGACACGGGAAACGCCCUUUGCCGGUGAGAACCAUCACGUUGUUAUAUUCGGGGUUGUGGCACAAAAUCUAAGACCCAGCCUGCCGGAGAAUGCUAACGACGCCUGGUAUGAGAGCCUAGUCACGAGAUGUUGGGAGGGACGCGUCGCUGAUCGUCCAUCAGCCGCCGAGAUCCUGCUUGCCUUAGAAAGACGCACCGAUGACACCGAAAACCUGCACGAGACCUGAAGAGACGCCAUGGACGACUUGAGAUGACGUCUACAAGUUGGUUCUAAUUUGGGUGAAUCAAUUUCUACCUUUGUGUGAGCUAUUCACAAGUGCCGAUUUUAUAAGGGUCGGGCUACUUGGUAGCCUUGACUGCAGCCUGGUGUUUCUACAUACCAGUAAGAGCUUGGUAUAUUGAAAGAGAGACAGCAAAAGUGCAAUCGUUCAAACAUGGACACCUUUCUGUCGGCGAAUAUUCUAUCCGCCUGGUUUUUAAGGUUUUAUAAAUUUUGUACAUCGGAUGACAAAUUUUAUUCUAGUGCUUUGUGGAGCCGUGCUAUACCAAAACAAUUACAAUAUUAACGUUUUCAUAUAUGUUAGUUCUCUAUUUUUCUAUGAACACCAUGACAACUUUGCAUUUUAUAUAUUACUUCCCGUUUUGGAAAUUCAGUGAACGAGUUAUCCGACUACACAAUGCAAUCAGUUUAACUUGCAGCUAAGAUUCAAGUUGAUGGCAUAGUUUUAUUAUCGCCUUCAACUGGCUGCCUUCUGAUUGGUCGAGUCAACACCUCGUGACCUUUGCGAUUUUAAAUUGUGUAAAGUCAUACAUCUGAGCAGAUUUUUAUUCUGGAAUCGUUUCUAUAUUAAGAAGUCUUCAAGUAAUAACAAAUAUUUUUGAUACUCGUGUCUGUUGGGUGUUUUUUAUCUUAAAUUUGAAAAAAAUAUAAAAAAAUACGUGUAUUCUAUUUAUUGUUUUGUUAUGUAAUACUAGUGCAAUAGUUGGUAUUCGUAUAGAUGUACAUAACUGUUAGAUGUGAAGUAUUAAUUUUGUUAACUGCUUUACAGUUCCUCGUUUAAAAAGAGUGUUUUAGUGUGUACGUUGUCUUUUGUUUUAAUAGUUUUCACAAGUUUAAAUUCAGCUUUUCAAUUGGUCUAAGUUUAUACCAAUCAAAAUGUCUCUCAUUGUCUAGAAUUGUUUCUUCGUGAUGCGAAGUGUCUUACGUAAUAAUGAUGCGCCGAUGUUCGUACACUUAGCUCAUUUUCUUGGCAAAAUCUAUCCCGUUUUGGUAUUUAUUUCCACAACUUGGACCUUUUUAUUUUUUCAGGUCUAAAACCAAGAUUUUGAAGAAGUAAAGUGGCGUGGCUAAUGUGCAAUACAAACUUUGGACCCCAAAACCUUGAAUUGUUUUUGUCUUCAUGUAAUUUCCAAGUUCAACAUCAAUGGCUGCCGUCUUCGUUCGGCCCAAUAUGUUUUUGGCAGAGACACCACUUGGCAGACAUUGUCUGCAUGUAUAGGCACACAGUCGGCAAUUUAUUAUUAUUAGCUUCAACUCUGCAAUAAAAUAUAUGAAAUUCUUGGCGGCUGUCCAACUUUUGACACGAUAGCUAGACUCUAUAUGCGAGUGUUGUGGAAAAACCAAACGUAUGGUUUACAGUGCCACGAAGACAAAUCGAUUUUUGAUACAUUUGUUAAUUGUAAGGAGCAUUAUUUUCAUUUGCUACACUGGACUUCGUGUGUCAACAGUCGUGUGUAUUGAGUAAGCGUGCUUAACAUCAUCUGUUUGCGUAAAAUGCAUCAAUUACUACUGAAAAAGUCGCACAAGAGAAACCAUAUCUUAUUAAUUCACUGAUUGUCGUAAGCCUGUUAAUAGUAUGUUGACCAUUGAGCCUAGUGAUGGUGCAAUAAAUGAAUUGUGGUGGCUAUGAAAAUGUGCCACCUACCUUGCCUUUUCGUUUCUGAAGAUUAUAUAAUGAUAAAUGUCAAUGAUGGAUUUACUACUGUCGACAAAUUGUCGAUUUCAUUCUUAAAUUUAUCAUGCCAAUCUAAUUUUGGGGUUAAAAGUCCAACCAUUACAUUUUUUGAACUGAAUUCGAACCCGCCAUGAUCCAUUUCUCUUCAUUUCGUGAAAUCUGUCAAUUGUUUACGUUAUUUUUGUUUCGAACACUGUUUAGGUGAUUUGAUUGUAUGUCCAGCUGUGUGAUUUAUUUUUGAUGUGUGCUUUUAUAAUUUGUGUGUUGGUAAAUAAAUAAAGUAAUUGUUAAUUAAAAU